GCCAUUUCUUGUUAAUGUGGUAAAUUGUAGGCUGUGUUUGAGCACUACAAUUCAAAGCUGUUGAUAGACAAGAGUGCGGGAAACUUUUUUUCUUCGACUUAUUUUUUCUUUCCUCCGACGGAACGCCAAGCGGUGAGCUUAGUCGAUUUACUAAGUAACCCGUCUCUCACUUUCGCUACGAGAAACAACGAAAGACUUAAAUCUUUGUCUCAACCUUUUUUUUGGCGCUUGCGUAUCCUUAUUCAUAAAGCAACGGUAUAUGCCAUGGGGAAGAAUAAGAAUGCGACCAAAGCACUGACACAGGAAGAAAUCUGGGACGACUCUGCUCUGGUGCAGAGUUGGGACGAAGCAGUCGAAGAAUACAAACUCUACCAUAGCAUCCAUGCCAGAGAGGAGAAUGUUGAAGAUGCCCUGAGAGAGGCUGAAGCAGCUGAAAUUCUCCAGGCAGUUCAAGAUGGUCGCCAAGAAUCCAUCGAUAAGGAUGACCACAUGGAAGCCGAUGUUGGCCAGCCGGCAGACGAUUCGGUAGCGGCCUUCUCAGAGGUUCGGCACAUCCCACCGGCGGACGUCUCGCAGGCUACUGAGGAAUCAGAUGUGCCGACUGUUCAGGGAACAGGCAAUAUAGCCGGUCCUAAUCUCAUGGGAGCUCCUAUGCCCCAAGCAGCUCUAUCACAAGUGCAAGACGAAGGGCUAAAGAACCUUAUGAUGUCCUGGUACUUUGCAGGAUAUUACACUGGCCUUUACGAAGGACAGCAAAGAGGGAAUCAAAAUAAGAGCUCGUGACUUCUAGCUCCCUACAAGUGAUGGGACCUACUACCAGCCUAUCUACACAAAGGGCAAUUUAGACCAAACGUCGUGUGCUUCGUUCAACCUGUUGCUGUUGGCAAACGGAUAUGCCGGGCAUCACAGGCGCCGAUAAUGCUAG